GUACAUUUUCUUGAAUACAUAGACUUUUUACAAGAUGUUCAGUUUAUAUAAUGUAAUAAAAUGCCCAGGUAUUGUCUUAAUCACGCUGGUAUUAAACAAGUAAUCCCUUCUCAACACUACUUUGUGGCGUACAGACAGGGAGCUAGUCAAACGGCACAGAAGAAUCUUUUGUUUCUUCUGAGGGUGAGACAACAGAGAAUCAAAUUCAGAGGCAGAAGCAAUCAGAAUCUGUUUUAGUGGGAGGUGGGGACAACACAAUCAAAUUCAGAGGCAGAAACAAUCAGAAUCUCUAUUUCAGUGCAGGAUAGGACAACAGAGAAUCACAUUCAAAGGCAAAAACAAUCAGAAUCUCGAUUCCAGCAGAGGUGGGACAACAGAGAAUCAAAUUCAGAGGCAAAACCAAUCAGAAUCUGUUUUAGUGGGUGGUGGGGACAACAAAAUCAAAUUCAGAGGCAGAACCAUUUAGAGUCUCGAUUUCAGCAAAGGUGGGACAAAAGAGAAUCAAAUUCAGAGACAGAACCAAUCAGAAUCUGUUUUAGUGGGUGGUGGGGACAACAGAUAAUAAAAUUCAGAGGUUGAAGCAAUCAGAAUCUGGACCACCUUUAGCUUUGAUUGCGGGGCACAUUCACUGUGGCAUUGUUUCGAUAAGCUUCUGCAAUGUCACAAGAUUUAUUUCAAUCCAGUGUUUCAUUAAUUUUUACCAAGGUCUUGCAUUGAUGAUGUCUGGACUCUGGGGUCUGAACUCUAUGCUAAAUCUAGACCUGACCACCUGAAGCAACCCCAGAUCAUUUGCUUAGUUAAAUCCAUGUGGUGGAUAAGUGACAAAAUAUACACAUUAGGCAGCAAGUGAACAGUCAAGUCUGAACAUUGUUUCGGAGGCAGGAUCUAAGCCUCUGUGCCAAUUUAUGAUGGUUAAAUGUGCUCAAGCAAAGAGCAACCAGAUACCACACAGCACCCUGAGAGAUCUUGUGUCUGGAAGCAUAUAUGGGACCUAUGUGUUAUGGGUGAUACAUUCAGGUAAAGCCAUCUAUAAAGACGUAGUCUGGACAUCUUAACAUAUGCUUAAAUCAUGGGUGUAGAUUAAGAAUGGAGAUAACUCCAUUAUUAUAAAACAGCAGAUUUAACAGCAUAAGGUUUGUUUUCAUCUUAAUUACCAGUUUUCUAAACACCUUCACCAUCAGAGAUGACCUGAAAGCAUUUAUUACUUUUUUUUACAAUACAUGAACAUUUACAAUAUAAUUAUGAUGAUAUAACAUGAAUUACAAUAUAAAAUGAAAAAGGGACAACUGGUAAAUAUAAGCUCCUGGUAAAUAUAAGUGAUGUCCCUCCUAAAAAUUGCAGCUCAAGAUGAUGGUCUAGGAAGGGAUUUUGUGUUCAAGUUGGAUGAAGAGCUGGUUAUCCAGGCUGAAAAGACAGCUAGAUGUACGACAUACUGUAUGUUGCAUUUGUUCUGGUCAUGCUAGUCGACUAGCCUGGGGUUAAUUGCUGUACACAGUUUUUACAGGCUUCUUUUGAUUGGUGGUAAUUACCAAAAAUUGUUAAUGAUAUUUAUUCAGACAAAAGCUUGAAGGGAAAAUACUAAAAAUAUACUCAUUUAUUUUCUUUCAUCACAAUAUGAUCUUAUAUUGCCCACCCCUAGGCUGUAUUAGGAGGGUUUGGGGGGACAAGAUAACAGUCCCAUAGCCACAACUGCACACAGGAGGUGACAAAUAGGUACAAAGACCCCCCCCGGCCUCAUUGUAGUGGCACAUUCAAAAACACCACCACCUGCUUUUAAUCCCUUUGGCUAGAGUUGCUGACACGGGCUAACCCUUUCGAAUGGGCCCUCUGGGUGCUGCGGCCUCGUGCUGUAGAAGGGCGUCUUUCCCAUCCAACCUACAAGCCUAGAGCUCCAGCCAGAGCACCCUGCCUUCAUCAUUCACCUGCCCCAGCUAGAAGAGUCAGCCAGCCUCUGCCUCCCUCACAAAGAAUACUGAGAUUUGUCUUGACUUGGCAUCUUUAAAGAUCGUCUUGGACACACAACAUGAUUGAAAGUGACAGAGAACUCUCAGCUAUGGUGCAGGAGCUUUGGGAUAAUGAUGUCAAUCGACUGAAGCCUGGGACAGACUACCGCAUAUCUCUGCAAGGCAAGGCAGGUAACCUGUCAACUUUAAAUGAUGAUUACGACGCAGCUGGCUCCCCUUUGUUUACAUAUGUCGACGAAUCCAUUUUCAAAAAGGAGACGUUUUUGGCCUUUAUUUCACUUCUGGACAAUUAUGAGAGUGAUACUGGUGAACCAGAGAUCGUGACCCCAGAAGAGGAGGUAGAGAAUCAUAAGUUUCUGGACUCCAUUGUGAAUACGUCUGCAAUGAAGAUUGUUCAUAAGUAUCUAGUGAAAAAGCACAUUUCCCCAGAGGACAUGACAGCGUUCAAAGAGCAGCUGUACCGCAUCUGGUUCGAACUUUACGCCAGAAGAGGAUCCAGCAGACCAGACUCUUCAGGGUUUGAGCACGUCUUCGUAGGUGAAACUAGAGGAGGACGUACUGUUAUUGGUUUCCACAACUGGAUUCAGCUGUACUUGCAAGAGAAGCUGGGGCAUAUUGACUACAAAGGCUACAGCGUAAAUACGAACUCCCCCCAGCCAGAUGAGAACAAACACAUCCUGGCUCUGCAGUUUAGCUGGAAGAACGGAAUUAAACCAAAAGGAAGCAUCUUCAUCGGCGUCAGCCCAGAGUUCGAGUUUGCCCUGUACACCCUGUGUUUCCUCACCUCUCCCAACGAGCGCGUCAGAGUGUCCUUCAACCUGUAUGACGUAGAGAUCGUCUGCCACCACUAUAACCAGAAGCACAUAGGAACCACCUACCCCGUCCUUGUGAAAUACCAGGCCGUACAAUGAGAUUAUGGGUCUUUUGUGGAGCCAUUGCAUUUUAUAUUUUUAUCCAAAGUUUUAAAAAACAAUAAAUAGACCAUUCCUA